GUGUUUCCUCUGAUUAAAUUUAUCGUACUCACGAAGUGCUAGUUCUAUUGGAGUUUAUUUUUAGAUUAUUGCUAACCUCAAUCAUACAAAAAAAAAUAUGAAGCGGUAUAUAGUAUUAGGCCAAGCCGGGGAUGGGUCUUUUGGCACCGUUAGCAAAGCAAAACAAGCUGAGACGGGUGAAAUUGUUGCAGCUAAAAAAAUGAAGCAACGCUUCCAAACCUGGGAAGAAUGCUUGCAGCUCCGCGAGGUCCAGGCACUCUGUAAGCUAAAGCACCCUAAUAUAGUCAAGUUAAAGGAAGUUGUACGGGAAAAUAUGGAGCUCUUCCUUAUUUUUGAGUAUUGCGAAAAAAAUAUAUUCCAAAUACAGCGUCAGCGUAUGGAGGAAAUGAGUGGCACACAGACGUUCAACGAUCUAGAGAUUCGUAGCAUCAUUUGUCAAACGCUUUUGGGCAUUCAAGCUUUCCAUAAGGCUGGCUUUAUGCACCGCGACAUCAAGCCUGAGAAUUUGUUGGUAAAGGGAGAUCAAAUCAAGGUAGCCGAUUUUGGAUUAGCCAGAGAAAUACGAUCUCGUUCGCCCUUCACAGAGUAUGUGUCGACACGGUGGUACCGUGCACCUGAAAUCGUGUUGCAUUCCUCUCAUUACAAUUCCCCCAUUGACAUAUGGGCUUGUGGUGUGACGUUUGCGGAGUUGUACCUUGGCCGGCCGCUUUUUCCUGGGACAUCUGAAAGUGAUCAAUUGUUUAAGAUAUGCUCUGUGCUUGGAUCACCAACACAGACUGAGUGGGAUGAGGGCUAUCAUUUAGCACGCCGUCUUAAUAUGCGUUUCCCGACGAUUGCGCCAACCCCAUUGCGACAAAUUUUGAAUUGCGCUUCACCAUCUGCUUUAGACUUAAUAGAAAAAAUGUUGCGUUUUAAUCCUAGUGAACGAUUGACCGCGACACAAUGCUUGCAACAUCCCUUUUUCACUGGCAACGGUAGCAGCUCGGCCUUGUUCUGUGGUAUUAGCACUGGGCAGCCACAUAAUCCAUUUGAUUAUGCUAGUGUGCUGACAUCAUCGACGGAUAAAACGAGUUUUGAUCACAGCUCCAUCAAAGAGCAAAGUGGCUGUGGUACCCUUCAAAAAAGUCGUCAACCAUCAAAUGCACUCAAGUGCACGGGACUUUUUAAUGGUGAAAAUCGAACUUUGCUCAUAUCUGACUCAUCUAAUUCAACGGAAGAUAUCUCCGCAGUCACAAGGGCCAGUACUAUGAAAUCCCUUCCAUCAAGCCCAAAUUACAAAAGGGGUAUUUCUGGUAGUAUCGAUGAUGAGUUUAAUUUUUAG